UCCCCUUAUAAAUUCAUAACCUCCGCUUUGCAAAGAAAACAAACACCUGUUUGUGUGCUUUUACCUAACGGAUCAUCUUGAAAUGCAUGUUUACCCGUAUCACAAUGCUCGAUCAAGAGUAAGUAACUUGUUGAUGUUAUGCAUAUGAUUUUUAUAAUCACUUGAAGCUGCGACCGGAAUAAAGACACAACAAAUUUAUCAGGCUGUCUCUAUUGUAAUUGUACAGGUACCAAUAAAACAACAACACAACAAAACCAUUGUAAUAAUACCAUGAAAUAGAUUGCUACAGGAUCAGAGUUUAGUUUCAGCCCUUCCUUUAAACUCCUAUAAUUUCCAUUUCCACGUAUUUAAACGUUCUACAUGUCUGAACUAGAACACCAAUUUAAAAGUCGAAUCCUUUUGUUGUUCGAUCGUUCUCGGUACGGGUUGUAAACAAGCUAGCGUGUCUGUUGUAAAUUAUGUAUGUCAGUCAAUGACACUUUGAACGGUUCGAUAAACAUUAAAUACACCGCUAGUUUACAACAGAGUUCGGUAAUAUCAGAUACUAAAAUCAACGAUAAGGGUUGGAAAACUUUCCCAAAACUUUGAUUUUUUGGGGGCAAAUAUAUACAUUUGUUGACAUGGUUUCUGGAUCAUGGUUGAAAAAUGGUAUGAGAAAUUAUAGGAAAAAAUCGUUACAAAAAUAUUGCUAUCGAAGAGAAAUUGUUUGAUUGAUGUGUUUUUUGUUUGUGUUUUUGUUUCCUACUAUACCAUUUAACAGAACGGCUACACUGGUGGAUAAAUCCCAAAAAACGUACUACAAUAGUAUUUACAUAAAAUGGUUGAGGUCACAAUAUAAGAAUGCCUUGGGUAUGUGACACCUUGUUGUUGGCAUCUACGUAUUUAGGAUUAAACUGUAAAAUAUUAGCUCCAAUUUAAGCUCUAAGCUUGUUUCUAUAUCCUGUUUCUGUUACACUUGUGAAUUUGCUCAAAUUGUGUGUGAAAAGAAACAAAACGAAAUUAAGUUUACAUGAAUUGUAAAAUAAUUAAAGUAGAUAGCUCCAACACAUCGAUAUAAUACAUAACGCAGCAUGUCGCUUUGACAUUAAGUCGUAAUAAAUAUCAUACUCUAAUACACUGAGGUAGCAGAUACCAUACAUUUGUUUAGUAACAGUAGUAUAUUAACUGAAUCUAGAACGGGACAACUCGUCCUGCAUUGGGGAAAGAACAAAGUCAAUACAUAUGUAAUAAAGUCAUUUGUUGAGGUCGAUUCUACUUAAAAUGUCGCGAUGAUGUCAUAUCGAUACAUGUUUAUUUAUUGUUUAUUUGCUCAGUAACAGUGAACGAAGACACACACUGUGAACAACAUGUACAUAAGUUCCCGUAAUAGAUUUCGAAACACGUUUCAGUAAAAUGACUGCAUUGACGUGAGUUUUGUACUGGGAAUAUAGAAAACACCAUUACUUAUUAAUCCGAUCGCAGUGUGUCGACAUGUUAUUAGUUAGCUUGGAGAUAGUUUUCUGAUAUUUGUAAACAUCCUUCGUGUAGACUAUUUUAUAUGGCGAUUUUGUAUAGCAAGGAUUGACUUUGUGAAUUUUUUUAAAUACCAUUGACAUCCUAAAAGUCACUCCUGGUAAUUAAAAUAAUGACUGAUUUUUUUUUUAAUUUCCGGUUUAAAAUGAUUAUUUUGUAAAAUCAAUAUUUUGAGUUUCACAUGCUUUUCAAACAGGUACAAGAUAUAUGCCUCAAUCGAUAUCCUACAUGGGAGUAAUUUCGAUUUGUUCUGCAUGAAUGAAUGAUUCGUUUCAUCAGAUCAUGAGUUGGAACAUUUCAAAAUUCAUUACCGACCGUCCCAUAGAUAAACGUUCACGGACGAUUGAGAUAUCUCAAUAAUUUUAUUGGAAAUUUCCCAAUUAAUGAAGAUUUCUGUUUUAGAUGUUAAACGUUAAGGUAAAUGCCAUGCAAAACUACACAUUGUGUGAAUCAAUGAAUCUGUCACAAUGUGAAUCAGUUUUGGGUAGAGACCUACUAUCGGUUUUUAAUACUGAGAUUCCAAUAAGAUAUAGAUAUAUAUGAGCCGUAUGGGGUAUUUUAAAUCAAACAACGCUAUAAUAAUUCAGCAGAAAAAAAGUGUUGAAUAGUAAACAAACAUUGCAUUGAAAGUCAUUCAACUUCAUACGAACUUUGCCUUAGAUAUAAAAUUGUUGUCCUUUUAAAUAUUUUAUGACCCGCUGAGCGUCAUCAUAUAUCAAAAGUCUUUCCCACGUACUCGCUUACGUACAAGUAUACAUCCGGGUCGAUCACAAACCAGUCACGCAUGCGUGACGGAUGACACUCCCCUAUAUCUUGCUCAUUAUCCGAUUCUAGACGAUUCGGCUGCUGGAUAACCGAACUAUUCGGUAGUGAAGCGGACGUAAAACCUAUCAAUCAGUCAUUCUAGAUGAAAUGGUCCGAUUUUUCGUUCUCGAUUUUGUGUCAAUAAGUAAACUGUAAUUGAUUAACCAAGAGACACACGGGGAUAGCUGACGUCUGGUUUUACAUUGCAGUACAAAUAAUCCUUCACGCUUGACAUGGCGGUUAGCUACCGGAAGCAGAUCAUAUACCGGAAGCUGUGUUUCGUUCUGUGUCUGUUUGGAUUCGUACUUGACCUUGUGGGUUUCCUGCUGCCGACCUGGGUGAGCUACAUCAUCGGAGGAUAUCGGCAUUACUAUGGGUUAUUUUCCACGUGUAUCGUGCAAGGUGGAAAGCAGGCAUGUGGUACUGUGGACCCCGACUUUGCAAAUGGCACGUUUAAGGCAGGUCAAGCGUUCGGAAUACUUGGACUCAUCACUUACUUUUCCUCUCUCGUUUGCUGCUGUAUUGUCUUCUGCUGGCCACGCCCAUGGAAACGGCGAUUGAUGUAUUCAGCGUCAGCGUCAGCCUUAGCAACGGCUUUAUUUACAAUGCUGUCGCUGGUGUUGUUCUUCACAAGUCAUCCGGAUCAUGGGUCCAGACUCGAUUUCGGAUACUACAUAGCCGUCGCCGCUUGUGCGAUAUCACCAUUCAUCGCAAUCUUUGCCUUCUACGUUGCGAAAAUAACAUCAUUCCCUCCUAAACAGCAACCAACUAUUGUUAGUCAACCACUGUCCAUCAUCGCUUUGGAUUCGGUCAGCAUGACGUCAUCUGGUUCAUUUGAGAGUGACAACAGAUCCAGAUCGUGGGACGUGCCAAUUAUAUUACGGGAGCUUACAGACGACAAUUUACAUCAAGUUCCUCCAGAAUUUAGGAGUUACACAAGAGAGGAGACGAAAGCCGGUCCAUCUUUCUUCUUCAACCAUCGCCCUAGCGAGGAGGUAAUGCAAAAAGUUAAACUGAGAAAUGCACAGAAUCAGAAACAACCAAGUCCUUCAGGGUCGCAGCAUUGUUUGUUUGCGCAAAAUCAGAAACAGCCAAGUCCUUCCGGCUCACAGCAUGGUUUGGAUGCACAGAAUCAGAAACAGCCAAGUCCUUCCGUCUCACAGUAUGGUUUACAUACGGGGGAUCAGUUAAAACCAAGUUUUACCGGGUCACAGUAUAGUUUGAAUUCGCAGAAUCAGUUACAACCAAGCCCUUCCGGAUCACAGUAUGGUUUGAACUUAAGCGUCAACCAUUUGGGUAUGGAGGUGGACACCUAUAGAAGCCCGACUCCAGUGGAACAGGUUGAAUCCGCUUCGUCUUCAGUUUAAAAAGCUGAUCGUAUCUUGGUAAAAUUGGUUUAAGUUAUUUAUUUUUCUUCUAACGCUAAACCUGACUGUUACUGUAAAACUCUUACUAUAUAAUCUUGGUAAAGCACUCCAUAGAUAAUGCAAGUGCUGAGGAAUGGGAAAAUGACCAUUGUCUUCAUCCUAGUGUAUUGUACUGUUUUGUACUGCUCUUCAAAUUAAAUUGUUGUACCUAU